CAUGCGUACCCUCGUGGCGGAGAGUCAUCUCCAUCUCCAGCGCCUUGAACUCCUCCGAUGUGUUGGUCUUGGCCUCCGCGCCCAUCUUCUCUCCCGCCCAUUGCUUGACUCUGUCGAGCUUCUUGUUGAUGUUCAUCUUGACUGAUUGUGUGUUUCAGAUCGGAUGACGUCUGUGUAUUCGCGAAUUGUUGGGGAUGGCAGAGGAUGUCGAGCUUAUGAGGUGGCGGCUUUCCUUGUUGAUUAUUGUUGUCGGUGGGAUCGGAAAGUAACAAGCCACCAACUUUCUUUCGUAUUUAUCCAAAGAGCAGGCGAGUUCUGGUAUCGAGGUCCGUCGCACGAAGAAGUGGCAGAAGCGACAGACGAGAGGAGAGAGGGUAUUUUGUCGAAGAGACAGCGGAUCAGAAACAGUCAGAUCCAAUGCUAUUGGGAUUUAAGGCCGCAGAGAGAGCGAUGUGAUCCUGGGUGUGGGAGCGAUUGGUCUCGAUGGAGCAGGGAAUCGGGAUGCAGGAUGGUUGACGGAGUCAGGUAUGAAAUGGGGGAAGGAAAGAGUGGGUUGUGGGCGAGAGAUAACGAAGGUCUGGUCUGCCGUCUGUCACUUUCAUGCAAUGCAGAUGGUGAGCAGAAGAGCAGAGAAGCAGGUGCGACUGCGAGACGGGCGAGGCAACUUGAAUUAUUUAGGUUUGGAUCGAUGAACCUGCAGAUGUUGUGGAUGGUCGUGCUGGCAAUGUAUUCGAUGCGGUUAUCCCAAGGCCAAGGCACGCCACUUAAGCCUGCAUGUCUGUUGCUUGCUCGAAAAAAUAUCCUCGUCGACGCCUCCAGUCCAGGGCCUUCGGUAUCCGCCUAGCAACAGCAACGGAUUUCCUGGAGAACACAGGAGAUGCAAUUCCAACCUCGACACUCCGGCCCAAUCAAUUUCCCUUUGUCUCUCUCUUACGGUCUGCGCCACGAUAUUUGUGGAUGAAACCUUCUGGCUGGUACGAGUCUGGUCUCGUCAAUUGGCUACGAACGGCACUCUCCCAGACUGACGCCCAUGUCUGACGCGGCAAAAAGCACGCGCGGAACCACGAGCUUUUUCAGUGGCGAUUCACGACCUCAUCAAGCGCUGCUUCUUCGUGUGUUACAGGCCCGGGAAGCAUG